AAAGUAUUGUGGAAUUUGUUUUCGCCUAAAAAUCAACAAAACAAUUUUGUCAAUUGACAAUUUCAAAUUGGAAAAAUAUCCAUUUCUUUUGUGUUUAACUACAGAAUCGACAAUAGAUUAUCUAAUUGCGAUUGGUUGGGUUGGUUAACGGUCUACAAAUUUGUGAUCUCAAACUAAAGACAAAAAAUAGUUACGAUAAGAUUGAUCAUAACAAAUUGGUUCUACUUCUGUUUUUAUUUUAAUCAUUAAGGAACAUGUCUUCAGAUAAACCAUCCAAUUCAUCUAAGAAUGAUGAUGUUGAGAGACUUAAAGAUAUCGAAGAACGAGAUGCUUUUGCUGAAAGAUUAAAGGAAAAGGACAAAAAAAGAACUCGAAAUGUUGUCACUAAAUCGGAUAAAAAAUCAUAUGAAGAAGCGACGAAAAGAUUAAAAAUGGAGAAUGAAGAUAGAAAAUCAGCCAUCCCCAAGUUGCGAGAAGAAUCAAGAAUAGACUACCUACUCAGACGUAAAGCCGAUCAGUUGGACUUAUUGGGAAAGUCAAUCAAAGACAAUAAAGAGCUUUUCAGUGAUGUUAAAUUGACCAAAGCUGAAAAAGACAAAUUAGAAUACGAUGAAAAAGUUUACUCUUUGGCGAAGGAACAUGAACAAGCCAAAGAGCUCGCAACAGUUCAGCGAUACCAUAUGCCUAAAGGAGACGAAAAACCAAGUAAAUAUUACGAAGAGAUCGACGAGAAAGAAAAAGGUCCCAAUUCGGAGGCCAGAAAAUGGGAAGAAGAUCGUUUGAAAGCCGCUAAAUUAUCUGUUGGUGCCAAAGAUAAAGAUAAAAGACAUAAACCCAAAGACGAAGAUAUGAUGUUUGAUAUAUCCAUUGAUUUUAUUAAAGCGUUAACUGUGGGAGGACAAAAUACUGAUGAGAAAAAUAAAAUUGACGCAGAAACAGCAAGAAAAAUGACAAUUAAAGAGACAAGAAGAUCCCUUCCAAUUUACGCUUAUCGAGAUGAUCUUAUUAAAGCAAUAGACGAGUAUCAAGUGCUAAUCAUUGAAGGAGAAACUGGAUCAGGAAAGACAACACAAAUACCUCAAUAUCUACAUGAAGCAGGAUAUACUAAAGGCGGUAAAAAAAUUGGUUGUACUCAACCUCGUCGAGUCGCGGCCAUGAGUGUUGCUGCAAGAGUCGCUCAAGAAAUGAAUGUUAAACUUGGACAUGAUGUCGGUUACAGUAUCAGAUUUGAAGAUUGUACAAGUGAACGAACGAAGAUCAAAUAUAUGACCGAUGGUAUGUUACUUCGAGAAUUUCUUUCUGAACCUGAUCUGGCCUCUUAUUCAGCACUGAUUGUGGACGAGGCCCAUGAGCGAACCCUCCACACUGAUAUUCUUUUCGGCCUGGUCAAAGAUAUUGCUCGUUUUCGACCCGACUUUAAACUACUCAUCUCCAGUGCCACCCUGGAUGCCGAAAAGUUCAGUGUUUUCUUUGAUGAAGCUCCCGUCUUUCGAAUACCCGGACGACGAUUUCCGGUCGAUAUUUAUUAUACUUCGGCACCAGAAGCAGAUUAUAUUGAUGCCUGUGUAGUUACAAUUCUGCAAAUUCAUAUUACCCAACCUUUAGGUGAUAUCCUUGUCUUUCUCCCUGGUCAAGAAGAGAUUGAACAAUGUUCUGAAACGUUAAUGGAACGUCAAAGGAAAUUAGGAUCUAGAAUUAAGGAGAUUAUAAUUAGACCAAUUUAUGCUAAUCUGCCGUCGGAUUUACAAGCUCAGGUUUUCGAGCCAACACCUCCUGGAGCACGAAAAGUUGUCAUUGCGACCAAUAUUGCAGAAACUUCCUUGACAAUUGAUGGAAUCAUUUAUGUGAUCGAUCCAGGUUAUUGUAAAUUAAAUAUUUAUAAUCCAAGAUCACGAAUGGAAUCACUUGUGGUUCAACCAGUUUCCAAAGCAAGUGCUAAUCAACGAGCAGGAAGAGCCGGUCGAGUGGCCGCUGGUAAAUGUUUCAGAUUGUUCACUGCUUGGGCUUAUCAAAAUGAGCUUGAAGAUAAUACAGUUCCAGAAAUUCAGAGAGUUCAUCUUGGAAAUGCUGUUCUUUUGUUGAAAAGUCUUGGUAUUCAUGAUAUUAUUCAUUUCGAUUUUCUUGAUCCACCGCCUCAUGAAACUUUAGUACUUGCUCUGGAACAACUAUAUGCUCUUGGAGCUCUUAAUCAUUUGGGUGAAUUAACAAGACUUGGAAGAAAAAUGGCAGAAUUCCCGAUAGAUCCAAUGAUGUCUCGAGCUUUGAUUGCUUCGGAAAAGUAUAAAUGUAGUGAAGAAAUGAUGACAAUUUGUUCAAUGUUAAAUGUAAAUGCCAACAUCUUUUAUCGACCCAAAGACAAGGCCAUUCACGCUGACACAGCGAGGAAAAAUUUUUUCCAACCAGGAGGAGAUCAUUUGAUGUUGUUAAAUAUUUACAAUCAAUGGGUUGAAAUGGGCUACACGAAACAAUGGUGCGCAGAAAAUUUCAUUCAAUAUCGUUCAAUGUGUCGAGCUCGCGAUGUAAGAGAUCAAUUAGAGGGACUUAUGGAAAGAGCUGAGAUCGAAAUCAAAUCAAAUCCAACGGAAUUCGCUUUGAUCCGUAAAGCCAUUCUAACGGGAUUCUUUUACCAUGUCGCUCGAUUGGCCGGAGGUGGAGGCUCAUAUAGAACUCUAAAAACUCAUCAACCAGUUUCGAUUCAUCCUAAUUCAUCUCUAUUCGACGAGGAACCUCGAUGGGUUCUUUAUCAUGAGUUAGUUCUCACCACCAAAGAAUAUAUGAGACAAUUAAUUGAAAUCGAACCUAAAUGGUUGACAGAAGUCGCUCCUCAUUUCUAUAAAUCAGAAGAAAUCGAUGAACUUUGUAAGAAAAUGCCGAAGAAACUUGGUAAAUCUAAAGAAGAACUUGAAAGGACUUAUUGACCUUCAUCGACUGUGAACUUUUUUUGUAUAAACAAAUUUAUUCUUUGUAAAUUACUAAUUGUUGAUAAUUUGAAUUGAUUGUAAUUUCACAUAUAUAAUUUAUUACGGUUGUUAAUAAAUAUGCCGGUUUUUAUCAAUCAUGA